UCUUUGACAUCGCUUUGUACUGUUUUUAAGGUAACUCUGAAGGAGACUCCGCAGUUGCAAGGGAACAUCCUCGAGAGACUCCUGAAGAAUGUUCCUCAUCGAUCUGCAGCGAAAAUGCACUCGGAAACGGCAGUGGAAACAGCUGUGGAAGCUACCUGGGACCUGGACGCUUCCCCAAAGCCUGCUUCCAGGGAUCUAACCCUUCUGGGUUCCUUGGAUGAGCUGAGGGAACUCGCUGGAAACCGCAACGUUGGGCUACCGCUGGAGGAGGUGCUUCGGCACCUACAGGAGAGCCAAAGUAGAAAAGACAUUGAGGACAUAGAGAGGGCAACGCGGGAUCAGGCAAAAUCCAGCCUCUGGAUGCGCCACAGAGUGGGUAUGAUAACUGCGUCCGUCGCAUACAGCGUAUAUUCGCGAGUGAAAACACUCAGAACGAGGAUGGGUCCGCAUGACCCGAGACCCCUGUUAAGAAAGAUCCUAAGGCAAACGAAUGUCCGAACGGCUGCAAUGCGUCGGGGCAGUGAUCUAGAAGGCCCUGGGAAGAAGUGCUAUGAGGAGAAGCACUCUCAGCAUGAGGACUUGGUUGUGAGAGGGUGCGGGUUGUUUGUCAUGGAGGGACGGCCCUACAUUGGUGCAAGUCCAGAUGGACUGGUAGAGUGCAAGUGUUGUGCCAACCGAGUGCUCGAAGUAAAAUGCCCAGAGAUAAUGAAAAAGUUUUUGCAAGAGAACGUAGAGAAGAGCACGGACAACACUCCUUUAAAGCUGAAGCGCACAAGCCCACACUUUUGCCAAGUGCAGGUGCAGAUGGGGCUGACAGGAGUAAAGCAUGGAGACCUGUUUGUCUACAUCAGUGACGAAGAGUAUGAAUGCAUCUCUGUAGACUUUGAUGAAGAAUUCUUCAGGGAUGUAGUUGAGAGGUCCACAUAUUUUUUUGAGAAGUAUGUGCUGCCAAGAUGGUUUGCGUGGUCUAAGGGGAAUUUUCUCACUUUAACUCAUUCCUUAGAAUUAAUACAAUGA